UUUACCCCCAGAACGCCAUGCAAGUCGGAUGAGGUCGGAAACAUGAGUUCAACUCGCCCUCAAACAGCUCCACCAUUCGGAUUUAUCGCCGAUAUACUCUUCCAAAUCAUCGUCAAUGGUGAAGUCAACACUGUGUUGACCCUCUGCCUUCUCAACAGGGCCACGUAUGAUACCAUCAAGGUCUUGGAACCGUACAUCUGCAAGUGCUUUAUGCGCCUCCAUGGCAUUGAUGCCUUCAGUCCAAUAUUCCCCCUCGACUCAGGGAUGGGUCAGCAAAGCGCGCUGACCGUGCAUGCCCUUGUGAGAUCCUUGUAUCGCCAUGAGCUCGCACGCCGCUUGUCCCGUCACAUCGUCCCCGCCGUAUGGGGGCCGUUCUACGACGAUGACAAGGUGGAUAUGAAUUUCGAGGCCGAACGCAAGCUCUCUAGACGUUUAGAACGGGGCCUCCACGUGCUCUUUCACAUGGCCGACAUCGCACGCGACAUCAAACGAGAACCCCAGGAACUUCAGAAACCCUCGUCCUCUUCAUCGUUUGUCUCAAAACGCUUCACUGUCCUCACAAAGCUCCUCGAAGAUUACGAUGACUUUGACCCUGACUUUAACUUCGCCUUUCCGCUUAACAAGGCCAGGACCAAUAACAAACACAAAAAGAAACAAAACCUCCUGAUCCCCCCAUCCUCAUCCACUCCAUCAUCGUCACUGGACAUCAACCACAUCCACACAAAACAUCACCUCACAGCUAUCCUUAAAUGGGGCCACGCCGAGUUCGAAAUCGGCAAGCGCCGCCUAGAGUUCCGCUCCAAUUACCUUACCGACACCCUCGAGGUUGACUUCCAUUGUACCCUCCGAAUGCUCCGCGAACUCCUAGAACGCAUGCUCCUCCACCACGGGCCGAAAUUCUGGCACAGAGACACAAGAAACGAGUACAGUGUUGUAUCAUGGUUCCUUCUAAACCAAACACCGCGAAGCCUGGCAAAACUCCUCCUUACGCCGCAGGAUGAAUGCUGCCACUAUAGCCACUAUGCCGAUGCUUCGGACACGAGUGCAAGCAAAAGCACAGGCACAAGAAAUUGUGUCUUUUCCGAUCCCCUUGACGAGUAUUGGGAUGCGUGGAAGGAUACCCCUGAUAUUCGCUACUCUAGCCUCGGCACCCCCAUCUCUACUGUGCCAAAGGCAGCCGAAAUCCCGGGGACAAGGACGGGCUCAGAGACGGGAACAAACUGCAACUGCAAUCGGCUCAUUCGCAGCUGGAGCGUAAAGCCCGCACUGUUCGACAACCGGGGCCGAGAAUACAAUCGAACUGCGGAGCGGUACCUCAAGGAGAUGUGGAGCCAAAGACAUGUUGGAUUGCAUGAGGCGUUUAGGAUGGGUGUUAUGGCGACAGUGCUCUAG